CAGCCACUGGACUGGACUUUAGAGACAUGAUUAUUUUGCUGUAAUACUUUUGAUUUAAAAACCUAACUAAAAUAAACUGAAUCGGUCAGCUGUGGUUUAUUUCCCCCUGAAGAACAACCACAGAAUCUGAUCACUACAAAGUCUAUACGAGUUUAAACACUGCACCAUGGCCCAGUAUGAUCAACUAGAAGAUAAGGACUCUCUGGAUAUCCAUGAUAACCCUCCCAUACCUGAUAAUGUGGUCAAAGAGGAUGAAAACACUGUAUAUUUUGUCUAUGAUGAAGAGGUAGAGGAAGAAGAGGCCCCCCCUCCCCCAACUCCUGAGCCUGUAUUCCUAGUGAAUGACAGGCCACAUAAGUUUAAGGAUCAUUACUGCAAGAAGCCCAAGUUCUGCGACGUCUGUGCUCGAAUGAUUGUCCUCAAUAACAAAUUUGCUCUGCGCUGCAAGAACUGCAAGACCAAUAUUCAUCAUGCAUGCCAAUCCUAUGUGGAGUUCCAGAGAUGCUUCGGCAAAAUACCUCCAGGUUUUAGGAGAGCAUACAGCUCCCCUUUGUAUGAUCAGGAGAUAAAUAGUGCGCAGCAAAAUCGCACUGACCCAGUCUUCGACACACUGCGAACUGGAGUUAUCAUGGCAAAUAAAGAGAGAAAAAAAAGUUCAGAGGAUAAAAAGAAUAUGAUGAUGAUGAUGGAGGAAGAGGAGGCUCAGCAACCCAAAGAGGGUGAAGAGGGGGGUGAAGGAAAGCAGGAUGCGGAUAAAAAAGACAAAGCAACUGCAGAUGACAAGAAUAAAAAGCAGCAGCAGACCUUUAGUCAGAGUCACUACUACCUGGCUCUGUACCGCUUCAAAGCAAUUGAGAAGGAUGACCUGGACUUUCAUCCUGGUGAUCGGAUUACCGUGAUAGACGACUCUAAUGAAGAAUGGUGGCGGGGUAAGAUUGGGGAGAAAACAGGUUACCUUCCCAUGACUUACAUUAUUAGGGUGCGUGCAGGAGAGAGAGUGUAUAAGGUUACACGUUCCUUUGUUGGAAACAGGGAGAUGGGUCAGAUCACACUAAAGAGGGACCAGAUAGUGGUGAAGAAAGGAGAGGAGGUGAACGGCUAUCUGAAAGUCAGUACAGGCCGUAAACUUGGAUUCUUUCCUGCUGAUUUACUACAAGAGAUCUAAAUGAGAACAUGGAAGAAGAACAAUGUGCCUACAUUGUGCCAUACAAUAUAAACUAACCAACAAAAUUAAGUUUGAGCUUUUCCCCAAUAUAAAGAAAUAGAGUAGAAUCCAAAUGUUAUCAAAGGUUCAAUCAAAGUAGCACAA